AUGAAGCUGUUCACUCUGUUGUUACUCGCUGUGUGCAUCGCCUUGGGCUGCGUUUGGGCCCAGCCUGCGGGCUAUCCAAGUGCUCGUCCUCCGGCCACCUAUCUGCCCGCCAAGCCAGCAGCACCGCCGCCUCCGCCCAGUAAUAGCUAUGGUCCGCCGAAGCCAAAGCCUCCUCCGCCUGCUCCUCGCCCACCGCCAAAGAAGCCACCAGCACCGCCUAAGGCCAGUUAUGGACCUCCACCUACUGCCCCUAAGCCCAGUUAUGGACCUCCGCCAACUGCCCCGAAGCCCAGUUAUGGAGCUCCGCCUGCACCACCUAAGUCCAGCUAUGGACCACCGCCUUCUGCCCCUAACAAUGGAUAUAUACCGCCAUCAAAUGGAAAUGGAGGAGGAGGAGGAGGAGGCGGCGGCGGAGAAGUUAUACCAAUCAUCAAACUGGAGUCCAAAGUCAACACUGAUGGGUCUUACAAGUAUGAAUACGAGACCGGCAAUGGCAUUAUGGCCGAGGAGAUGGGCUACCUGAAGAAUGCAGGCGUGGAGGGGGAAGAGGCACAGGUGGCCGAGGGCUCCUUCUCCUACACCAGUCCCGAGGGCGAUGCCAUCUCCCUGACCUACAUUGCCGACGAGAAUGGCUUCCAACCGAUGGGUGAUCAUCUGCCCACGCCUCCACCCAUCCCCAUUGAGAUUCAGGAGGCCUUGGACCUGCUGGCUGCCGGUGGCGGCUGCCACGGAUGCGAUAACAACGAGACGGGUGGCGACGGUGGGGGCUAUGUCUAUCGCUGA